UAAACAUCGCUUUUGAAACAAUACAGCAGUCGACAAGACUUCAGUUGUUUGGAUAAAGUUACAGAGAUACAACACUUGUGUGUUACAAAGUUAUCGAAAUUGUUAAUUUAUUAAUUAAUUCAUUCCGACAAUUAAGCAAUAAUGGAUUAUACACCCAUUCCAACUGUUGUGGCAGCCAAUCCCUUCGACCCUACUGCAGAUAGUCAAGCUCUGCGUGCUGCUAUGAAGGGCUUUGGCACGGAUGAGCAGGAAAUAAUAGAUGUUCUUGUAGCGCGGACAAACUUUCAACGUCAACAAAUAAAGGCAAAAUAUGAGACCGAAUUUGAAAGGGAUUUAAUCGAUGAUUUGAAAAGUGAACUAGGUGGUCAUUUCGAAGAUGUGGUUAUAGCCCUAAUGACACCCUCAGUUGAAUAUCUUUGCAAACAGUUGAAUGAUUCGAUGAGUGGCAUGGGCACAGACGAGGGAACUCUUGUUGAAAUUCUUUGUACCAAAUCUAAUGAAGAGAUGCAAGAAAUUGUGAAAGCAUAUGAGGCAAUGUAUGAUCGACCACUAGCCGAACAAAUGUGUGGAGAGACAUCGGGUCAUUUUAGGCGGCUCCUGACAUUGAUUGUUACUGGAGUACGUGAUGCUAAAGGCACGGUGGAACCCGAGAAGGCCAAAGAGCAAGCAGCCGAAUUAUAUGCCGCCGGAGAAGCAAAACUUGGAACAGAUGAAGAGGUGUUCAAUCGAAUAAUGGCACAUUCUAGCUUUGACCAGCUGAGCUUAAUUUUCGAAGAGUAUAAACUACUUUCGGGCCAAACUAUAGAGCAAGCCAUUAAACAUGAGAUGGAUGGUGAGCUGCAUGAUGCCAUGAUGGCUAUAGUGGAAUGCGUGCAAUCGCCGGCCGCCUUUUUCGCAAAUCGUCUAUACAAAGCGAUGGAUGGUGCUGGAACAGACGAUGAUACGCUAAUGCGUAUAAUAGUUUCACGUUCUGAAAUUGAUUUGGAGACAAUCAAGAAGGAAUUUGAAAGAAUUUACAAUCGAACAUUGUACAGUGCUGUCACGGGCGAAACAUCGGGAGACUACAAACGUAUACUCUGCGCUUUGAUGGGUGGUGCUUAAAACCAAAUAUAUCUGUUGACCAUUUUUUUUCUAUAUUUUAGAGCAAAAUUGCAUUUUACACAUCAUAUACAAUUUUAAUUAUAUUGUUGUCCAAUUACACCGUACCAUAAAAAUU